UUAAACCAGAUCAUUUUCAGACUGGAUUCGUUAUGCUUAAGAUAUUAGUUUUAACAACUUUAUUCAUCGCAAUCCGGGCAGUCCCCGUCGAAUAUGGCCAUGGAGGGCAUCACGAAGUCGAUUACUACACAGAACCUCACUAUUAUUUCGAAUACGACGUGAAGGAUCCUCACACCGGAGAUGUCAAAAGCCACAAGGAACAACGGAAGGGAGAUCACACAGAAGGAGUCUACAGCCUUUUGGAACCCGGCGGUUCGAAGAGGGUCGUCGAGUAUACAGUCGAAGGCAAGAAAGGAGGCUACGUCACCAAAGUGCACAGAGGACCUGUCAAACUUGUAGACAAAAAGGGCCAUGUUGGCGUUGGUUACGCCAACUCUAACUCUUACCAAAAAGAAGUUCAAGAAGUAGUCUACGGUUCAUCAGGUGGUUCUUACGGAGGAUCCCAUGGUGGUGAUUCAGGCUCAUUUGGUGGGUUCCAUCAAUUGUCUCAUGAUAAUGAAGCCGGCUCAUCCGGUGGUUCUUUCGGAGGAUCCCAUGGAGGUAAUUCAGGCUCAUUCGGUGGGUUCCAUCAAUUGUCUCAUGGUAACGAAGCCGGUUCAUCCGGUGGCUUUGGAGGUUAUCAUUCUUACGGACAAGGUGGACAGGUUGGAUCAUCAAGCAGGCAUGGCAGUUCAUCAGAAUCCCGCGGUAGUGGUUCAGGUGGAUAUCAACACCGGUCCAACAGCGGUUCUUCUGGGAGUUCAUUCGGAGGACAUCAAUUUCAACCAUCUUACUCUCUCGGCGUAGGCAGGCAUGGUGGAUCUAGCAGCUCAUCUGGAGCAAGUCGGUUACAAUAUUCUCAUCAAGGAAAUGAGGUUGGUUCAUCACAAGGUUCUUUCGGAGGUAUUUAUGGUCACGGAUAUGGAGGACACCACUUUAAACCGUCGUACUUAGUUAAAGAAGAGCAGGAAGAGGGAUCGUCGGGCUCUUCCGCUGGAAAACUACAAAAUUCUCAACAAAGCAAUGAGGGUGGUUCUAAGGGAUCUCUCGUAGGCGGAUUAUUAGGUGAAUACUACCAGUCUUACCAGAAUGGCAAUGAUGGUGCUUCUUCUGGUGGUAAUCUUGGAGUAUUCCAAUCAUAUGGUCAUGGUGGAUUACUUGAGCCUACUUACCUGGUCGGAGAAGGAGGACAAGCAGGCUACUCUAGCGGGCUUACCCAUCUAGGCAGUGAAGGCGGAUCAGGAACAGUAGGUGGAUAUAAUCUUCUUUCGUCUCACAAUGGUAACGAAGGCAGUUCUUCUGGUGGAUCUUUGGAAGGAGUUCAUUCUUAUGGAUUUGGAGGACACCUUCUUCAGCCAUCUUACUUUGGUGGACAUGGUGGUGUCGCUAGUGGACAAGGCGCUUCUGGAGGCUAUCAAUUACUAUCUUCCCAUGGCGUUGCAUCAGAGGGAUCCCUCGGAAGCGGAUCGUUAGGAGGCUACGAACACUUGUCAUAUCACGGUGAAGGUGGAUCAGGAGGUACUCUUGGAAGUGGAUCUUUAGGUGGGUAUAAUCUUUUAUCUCACAAUGGCAACGAAGGCGGUUCCUCUGGAGGGACCUUCGGUAAUGUCUAUGCGCAUGGAUAUGGCGGACACCACUUUCAACCAUCAAACCUCGUAAGUGAAGCUGGACAUGGUGGAUUGUCAAGCAACUACGGAAGUUCGUCCGGUGAUAAUCAACUCCAACACGUUCAUGGUUCUACUGUAGGCUCUAGCGGAAGCGGUCUAGGUGGAUUUCAACACCUCGGUAAUGAAGGCGGUUCUUCUGUAUCUCUCGGAGGUGGAUAUCAGCUACUUUCGUCGAACUACGGUCAAGAAGGUGGCUCUUCACGCAGUGCAUUUGGUGGAGCUCAUUCCCAUGGGUUCGGAGGGCAUCGCCUUCAGCCGACUUAUGUUUUAAGAGAAGGAGAACGUAGUGGUUCUUCCAGCGGAUACGGCAGCUCUACCGGAGGAAACGGCGGUUCCUCUUCCACACAAGGAGGAUACGGUAAAGGCGCAGCUACCUCUAAAGUUACUUACUCAACGAACGGAGCUAAGGUGUACACAUCUACCAAACACCUCUCACCCAAAAAGUACGUCUAGUAAAUAUUUUUUAGUUAAACAAUUGUAUCCUGUGAUUUGUAAAUAAAUUGUUUUGUAUGUUUUA